UGGGCCAAUAUAUAUGGAACCCAAUAUAAUAACUAAUGGGCCUCAAAUAGGGCCAUUCAAAAACAUUUUAUCAUCUUCCUCAUAAAUACCGGAAAAACCCUAGUAGUCGUCUCUGUCAAUCUCGUAUCAAAACCCUGGUUUACCUCCCGACUCUAAUUCCCCCCACAAAAGCGCGCCAACACUGGUGAUCUCCAACCAUGGGACGCGUCCGUACGAAGACCGUGAAGAAAUCGUCGCGCCAAGUGAUUGAGCGCUACUACUCGCGCAUGACCCUUGACUUCCACACCAACAAAAAGGUACUCGAAGAAGUAGCCAUCAUCCCCUCCAAGAGGCUUCGCAACAAGAUCGCCGGAUUCUCCACCCACCUCAUGAAGCGGAUCCAGAAGGGUCCCGUCCGCGGCAUCUCUCUGAAGCUCCAGGAGGAAGAGCGUGAGCGACGCAUGGACUUCGUGCCCGAGGUCUCCGCCAUCAAGAGCGACCAGAUCGAGGUCGACAAGGAGACCCUAGACAUGCUUUCUGCUCUUGGAAUGAGCGACAUUCCUGGGCUUGUCCAGGUUGAGCCCGUUGCCGUACCCACCCAUCAGUUUGGAUUCGGUCGGGGCGCUGGAGCUGGGCGCAGGUAAUGGAUUCGAGUUUAGAUAUUUAUGGGUUUUGUUUCAGAGUGAAGGAUUUUGCUUCUUUUUUUUUAUUUUCCAAUUUUGAAUGUUAUAAUAGUAAGUGGGUGUUGUUAGCUUUUGGUUUUCUAGAGUAGCGGUUUAAGUUUCUUAUGAAACAGAUUCUUAAUUCUCAUGUUAUCUUUAUGAAUAUUUCUCACUUCUGUUUUAAGUAACAAUCUAGACUAAUUUUUUUUAUUUUUUUUCAUUAUCAUUUAGUCUGUUCGAAAAUUUACGGUUAAUGUGCAGUGGUCAUUUGGUCUGUAAUACAGAUUUUGAUCAUAUUUGAUCUUUCUAUGCAACGUUAAAUUGUUCUUCCA